UAGGAGGAGUUCCUGCCUACUCCAAUCCUAGUCCAUGUAAUGAGUUACCACUAGUUUUGGAGGUGUCGUAUGUUGGGGGGACAGAAACGGGUGGGAAACGAAGCGUGCUGUAGGGUGGUGAUGUGAGCAUGGGGAGCAGGAGCAGGAGCAGGGGAUGAGCCUGUAGGAUCGGAAUGACAGCUGAUCCGUUUUCCGCGCAGAUGCCAAACACAAGGGAUCAUCCUACAGGGUGAACACUGAGCUGACACGACUGCAGGGCUUUCCAUUAUCUAAAUGCUCGAGAUUAGGUUUAUGAAUGGCAGGGAGCGGCAAAGCGAUCAAAGUGUAAAUAGGUAUCUAUAAGGAAACAGCCUGUCUCCAGCCAGCUCCUUACAGAUCACACAGGUGCUGAGUGAAAAUGGAGGCAGGCUCUGUGGUGCGUGCUGUGUUUGAGUUCCUGCCCAGUGUCUCAGAGGAGCUUCCACUCUUUGCUGGUGAUGUUGUGGAAGUCCUUAGUGUAGUGGAUGAGUUUUGGUUGCUUGGGAUCAAAGAUGGAGUCACAGGUCAGUUUCCCAGCACUUUUGUUGAAUCUGUCACUGUUCCCCCUACGAAGGCAGGAGAGCAACUCUAUGUGUGUAUCAGUGACUUCAACUCUUCUGAGCCAGGCAACUUACCCCUAAAGAGAGGUGAUUUGGUGGCUGGUGAGGGCAACAUAGAUGCAGUUUGGCACUUGGGCCGGAAUGCCUGGGGCUCAUGUGGACAUUUUCCUUUAUCCUGUGUAAAGGAGCUGGAGCUAUCAGGCCGCUCUAGGCAGCUAAGCGAGCGCAGUGCAGCUGCCCAGGUCUCUGAGCUGCCUUCUUAUGCUCUGGGUCAGGGUCGUGCUCUCAUGAACCUGCACGCACAGUUGGAUGAAGAACUUGACUUUCGUGAAGGUGAUAUCAUCACUAUAGUGGGCAUGCCUGAGCCAGGUUGGUUUCAGGGUGAGCUGGAAGGUAGGACAGGAAUCUUUCCAGAAGGUUUUGUAGAAUUGCUUGCACCUUUGCGCACACUCCAGCCAGCCAGGCCUAUCAACCUUGUACAGGGUCAGUAUUCCCACUGCAGAAUGAUGGAAGAGGAGGAAAAGGAGGAGGAGGAGGAAGAUGAAGAAGGAGAGGAGAGACUAAAGGACACUUCAGAAAUGCAGAUCCAAGAAGAAGAUAAAGAGGAAGGUGGUGUGCAUGGAAUUGCACAGUAUGAGUUUCGGGCUCUGGAGCCUGGGGAGCUAGACUUUGAUGUUGGGGACAGGAUACAAAUACUCAACACACUAGAGGAUGGCUGGCUUGAGGGAGAAUUGCGGGGCAAAAGGGGUAUUUUCCCUCAUCGCUUUGUUAAGCUGGAGGAACAGUUAGAGGAUAAAGAUUUACAAACUAUUAGUGACACAAAUGGCACCUCUGAUAAAAAGGAAAUAAACAGUUAUGCUUCUGACUAUAAUUAUGGACAAGACAGCCAGGCUUUAAAAGCACAUGAUCAAGAUGAAAAAAGCCAUGAGGAUUACACCGUGUGGGAUCUGGACUACUUUGAGAGAAAAGAAGAGUGCAAAGAGACCUGUUUGAGAGACACACAAUCAGAAAUUAGCUGUCAUGACCAAACAAGAGUUCAGAGCCUGCCUUUGAAUCAGCCAGGUCCCAGGAGACAAGAGAGGCCACCACCACCAAUUGUCCAUACAAUUAAAACAGGCAAAUCAGGCCCCAGGCCACACCAGAGAACCAACUCAAGAAACCUGAUUCCUCCCAGACCACAGCUGCCUCCUCGACCUAGACUUUUCAACAGACAGAACAACACUAGCAAUCAUAGCAGCCCUUCUGAGCCAUCACCUGUUCCCAACACAAGGAACACCAGCCUUAUCCAACCUAUUAGAACUUCUUUAAGACUUCAGAGCAGUUCUUCCUGGACCAGGAACAAAGGCUGCUAUGCUUCCCAUGACAGCAGAAGGACAGCUAGUCAAGUAAAGAGUAGACAGAAGUUGGUGACCCGUCAUGCAAGUAUCAGCAAUGCUGACCUUGAAUAUUAUAGGCAUGGUGAGCAUAAUCUUAUGUAUCAGGAGCAGGGUAGUAAUGGGCUGCCUACCUCUCACACAUUAGGCUGUUUGUCUGGUGACCUGGAUUCCAAGCUGACCCAGCAGCUGCUAGAGUUUGAGAGGAGCCUUCCAGGCAGGUGCACAGAAAGUGAGUCCAUUAGAAACGAUCAGUGUAGAGACACGUUUUCUCGACAUUUUUCUAUUAUGGACUACAAUAGCGAGAGUGACAUCAUCAAAGGAUCUCACCAAUCCCUGCUCCAUGAUUCACCUCCGUCUAGUCCUAGCUCCUCGUUAGAAAGGCGGAAAACAUUGCGCCCUCCUCCUCCUCGUCCCAGGAUUCUUAGACCACCAGCACCUCAUACUUCUCAUAGUCACUCUUCUUUUAGCAACAAUCAAGUUCCACAGCAACCCUACAAGCCAAUGCGACAAGCUCCACGGCCACCUCCACCUUGUCCCAGACCCCCGAUCUUGGUCUCAACAGAGGAAGAGGAGAGUACUCAGGAGGAAAAGUUGGAAAAAGCUGAAGAUGCUCUAGAGCGGGAGACAGAGAUUGAACAAGAGAGGGAAAGAGAGCAGAAGCAAUAUAGACUUCUCUUGAGACUAGAGGAAGUUGAAAGAGAAAUUGAAAUGUACACACACACAGCACAGGAGUUGAAUGCCAUGCUAGAGGAAGAGGGAGAGGAGGAUGAAUUGGCUCGCCAGCAGGCCCUGGAGAAUUUGGAGUUUUGCAGCUACACUGUGGAGACUCUGACACUGGAGCAGCAGCAGUUGCAAGAGAUGGCUCUGCUGUCAGACCAGCCUAAAUCUGUAGAACCAACACCAGCCUCUUCAGCCACCACCGAGGAUCCAGAGCAAAGGAUGCUAGAGAAGAGGUCAAAGGUCAUAGAAGAGCUUCUUCAGACCGAGAGAGAUUACAUCAAAGCCCUGGAAAUGUGUCAUGAUGAAAUCAUCGACCCCCUAAAGGAGAAAAAGGUCCAGAAUAUAGACUUUGAAGGGCUCUUUGGCAACAUCUGUGAUGUAUUUGUUCUUUCCACACGUCUUGAAAAAGCUCUUAAGGACACUGACUCAAUAGGAAAAGUGUUCCUGGACUUUAAAUCAGAACUGGAAGAGGUGUACAAGGUUUACUGUCAGAAUCACGACGAUGCUAUUGCCUUGCUGGAGACCUAUGAGAAAGAUGAAAAUAUUCAGAAACAGGUGCUAGAGUGCCUGGAGAACCUCAGAAAGAAUUACGAUGGGUGGGGGAAGACUAAUUACAUAAAUCUGGGUUCAUUCCUGAUAAAGCCUGUGCAGAGGGUCAUGCGUUAUCCACUGCUGCUCAUGGAACUUUUGAAUGCCACACCAGAGUCACACCAUGACAGGAAGCAUCUUGCAGAUGCAGUGUUGUCUGUCAAAGAAAUCAAUGUCAACAUCAAUGAGUUCAAAAGAAGAAAGGACCUAGUGGUAAAGUACCGCAAGGUGGAUGAGGACAGAUUCAUUGACAAGAUCUCCAAACUAAGCAUGCACUCCAUCAUCAAGAAGUCAAACAGAGUGAGCAGUCACAUCAAGCACCUGACUGGAAUUGCACCACAGAUCAAAGAUGAAGCUUUUGAUGAGGCAGAGAAGCGAUUCAGACUCCUGGAGAGAUUAAUCAAGUGUUUAAUUAGGGAUAUCUCUCUUUAUCUGCAACACAUACGGGAGUCAGCCUCUGUGAAGGUGCUGUCAGCCAUCAGCUUCUGUGAUAUCUACACAGAACGACAACAGCAGCUGGAUCCUGAGCGCUUCCAGAGAGCCCAUCGCUGCAUCAGUGACAAGCAGUUCACUGAAUUUAAGGAGAGAACAGAGGCUUUGGUCAUCUCUCCCCUCAACCAGCUGCUUUCCAUGUUUGCUGGUCCUCACAAGCUGAUCCAGAAGCGCUUUGACAAGCUGCUUGACUACGAUAACUGUAAGGAACGAGCUGAGAGGUUCAAAGAGAAGCGUGUGCAGGAAGAUCUGCAAAGAGCGAGGAACACUUAUGAGGCCCUGAAUGCCCAGCUUCUGGAUGAGCUUCCCAAAUUUAAUCGUGUUGCAGAGGAUCUCUUUAACAACUGUCUGCUGGGCUUUUCCAAGGCACAGAGAGACUUCAUGUUUUGUACACUGGAAGAGCUCACUCCACUCCUACAGCGCUUGGGUAUAGGAGGCACAGAGGGGAACCUGGUGUCCCUAUUUCAGGAAGAACACAACAGAGUGCUUCAGCUUUUACAGAGCUUCAGCUUUUUCCCAGAAAACCUGCCCACACCACGCAAAGCCUAUGAUAAGAAAACGCUGGAAAAAACAACUUCCAAGAAGCAGCUUCUAAACCCUCCAAACUGCAAAAUACAGACAGCGGAGCAUCGGACAGGGCUACUUGUUAGCUAUGGCCCGGAGAGACUCUUCCAGGCUGAGAGGAAUUUUAAUGCUGCACAGGACCUGGAUGUUUCCAUUCAGGAGGGAGACAUAGUGGGAGUCAUCAAACAGCAAGACCCCAUGGGCAGUCAGAAUCGCUGGCUUAUAGAUAAUGGUGUCACAAAGGGCUUUGUUUACAGUUCCUUCUUAAAGCCCUAUAACCCACGACAGAGUCAUUCAGAUGUUUCUAUUGAGAGUCAGUCUUCCAAUGAAUCAGGAUAUGGAGGCUCUUCCCCUGUUUUCUCACGGCAGAACAGCAACAGCACACUGAAAUUUAACCAUGAGACAUCUACUGUCAGCUUCUCUUCAGCCCACACUCCAAGCCAUGCAUCACUAUGCCUGUCUCAGGACUCUAACUCCUCCCAAAGGAGCCCCCUCACCGAUAAUUCAUUGCCAAACUACCCUCCCAACAAUCAGAGGGAUACCCUUGAUUCCACCUACAGGAAUUCUUCUAUUCAGAAAGAACUGACUGAGACUGUUCAUAAUGCUGCCAAUCACAGGGACUAUUCAGAUUCUUUGUACCAAAAUACUGGCAAUUACAGAGAUUCUCCUGACUCUAGUUACAGAGACCACUCAGACUCUUCAGAGACAGACUUUGGUUCCUCCAAUAAGAGCUCUAGACAUGAUGCAUCUCAGAGGCACACAGCAAACAGCCCACAGCAGAGACAGAACGGCGAGGGUUCACUGCAAAAAAGGAGGCCUCAGUACACUGCCAAUGAGGACAUAGAGCCUGACCACGAGCUGGAUGGCCAUCAGAUAUAUUAUGCUCUUUACUCAUUCAGUGCACGCUGUGCAAAUGAGCUUAGCAUAGAAGCCAAUCAGAGAGUUCGAAUCCUAGAGUUUCAGGACAUGAAUGGCAACCAGGAGUGGUGGCUGGGUGAGGCCAAAGGACGGCGGGGUUACGUGCCUUCCAACUACAUCCGCAAGUCCGAGUACACCUGAGCAUGAUCAUUGUAAGCGAGGCAGAAACAUAUCCAGCAACCCCAAACCACGACAGAUAAGCUGAGCUUCAGAGACACAUAGAAGAAAGGACAGUAUUUUGCUUUUACUUUGUGAGAGAUGGACUGAUGUGGUGAAUGUGAAAACUGACUGUUUCCUUUAUUUUUCUUUUAUAGACAUUACCUCUGGUCUGAUCUGCCAUUUUUAAUCAGCAAGUUGCAUUUUUAGUUUGGAGAAAGAAUGUAGUUAAAUUUGUAAAACCUUGGAUAUGUUCAGGUGUCUGAUCACUUAUAAAUGCCUGCAUACCAGUUACUCAUUAGGAAGUGCAAAAAUUAUGCUAGCACUUUAGUUGUGUGCUAAAAGAAAAUAGGCCAUGAGGUAAAGGAACUAUAAUGAAGUGUUAAAACCUGUGUUGAUUAUGUAAGCGUAACACUGGCAUGAAAUAUUACUACAGAAAGUAAAGUAAUAAUAAAGGAUGGGUACAUGGUCUCUGGGAGAGAGUGAUCUCUGGGAGAGAGUUCUGGGACAUAAAGACUUCCUUGUUAGACAAUCAGACACACCCCUUAUUAAACUGUGUAUGUGAAACCAUUAGCAAAUCUUUCAAAUAAUUUAGAACAAGACUCUGCAUAUGCUGAACAAUAUUUAAGAGUCCAAAUAAAAUGUGAUUGUGUGUGUGUGUAUAUAUAUAUAUAUAUAUAUAUAUAUAUAUAUAUAUAUAUAUAUAUAUAUAUAUAUAUAUAUAUAUAUACUGUAUAUGUAUGUAUGUAUGUAUAUAGAAAUAAAUGCAGUUCCAUAAUUUUUUACUUUUUCACUUUCUGAAUGCAAUGCUUCCCACAGCAGCUUUUACAUGAGCCUUUGGGAGCCAGAACCACAUUUGGAGUUUCAUAAGUAGUGAUUUAAUCCACUGGUACCAUGAGAUCUUAUUGGAUCUUUUGAUGAUUACCACUUUAACAAACUAUUGUUGACUUUUACUAUGUUCAUUUCUGAUGCUGUAUAGUAAACGUGUACUCCAGUCACAAACAAUCUACUCUUUUUUUAUUUGAAGUAAACAUCUAGGAAAAACUACUGUAAUGAUUGAAUGAAUCUAUACAAUAAUAAACCCCUUAACUUA